AUGGCUCCCUCACCCCCCACCGAAACCUACUCGCGCGACGAUGUCGCCAAGAACAACCACAGCGACGCCCUGUGGACCAUCAUUGAUUCCAAGGUCUACGACCUGACCGACUUCCUUGAUGCCCACCCCGGUGGCGCAGCCGUCCUCCUCCAGGUCGCCGGCAAGGAUGCCACGGCCGACUUUUACAACCUGCACCGCCACGAAGUCCUCACAAAGUACGACAAGACCCUCCUCAUCGGCACCGUCGCCGGCGAGGCCCCGCAGGUCGUCCAGCCCGGCCCCGGAGAACUCUCCCAGGUCCCCUACGCCGAGCCCCUCUGGCUGACCCCGGCCUUCCGCUCGCCCUACUUCAACGAUAGCCACCGCCGCCUGCAGCGCGCGAUGCGUGAGUUCACCGACCGCUACGUCACCCCCGAGGCCCGCGAGUGCGAGGACUCUGGCGAGUACAUCUCCCAGGCCCUCAUCGACCGCAUGUCCGCCGCCGGCGUCCUGCACAUGCGUCUCGGUCCCGGCCCCCACCUUCACGGCGUCGAGCUGCUCGGGGGCGUCGUCGACGGCAAGGAGUUUGACUACUUUCACGACAUGAUUGUCAGCCAGGAGCUGUCCCGCACAGGCGCCCGUGGCUUCCAGGACGGUAACAUGGCCGGCAUGACCAUUGGUCUCACUGUUGUGCUCAACUUCGCCAAGCCCGAGCUUCGCGACAGGAUUUCCAAGGAGGUCUUCAGCGGCAAGAAGAAGAUUUGCCUGGCCAUCACAGAGGCCUUCGCUGGCAGUGAUGUUGCUGGUAUCCGUACGACAGCUAAGAAGACGGCAGAUGGCAAGCACUACAUAGUGAACGGCACGAAGAAGUGGAUUACAAAUGGUGUCUUCUCUGAUUAUUCUGUGGUCGCGGUACGUACCGAAAAGGGCCUGAGCGUCUUGUUGGUCGAGCACGGAGACGGCGUCGAGGCCAAGCAGAUCAAGACGAGCUACUCCACAACAGCAGGCACGGCAUACAUCACGUACGAUGACGUGAAGGUGCCUGUUGAGAAUCUUUUGGGCGCGGAGAACAAUGGCAUCCACGUUGUGCUGAGCAACUUUAACCACGAGAGGUGGAACAUGGCCAGCGCCACGGUCCGCAACUGCAGGCUCGUCGUCGAGGAGUCCCUCAAGUGGGCUAACCAGCGACUCGUUUUUGGCAAGCGUCUCAUCGAGCAGCCCGUUAUCAGGCAGAAGCUUGCCAAGAUGAUCGCCCUCACCGAAGCCAACCAGUCCUGGCUCGAGACCAUCACGUACCAGAUGUGCAACAUGCCCUACAAGGAGCAAUCCAAGCAUCUCGGCGGUCCCAUCGGUCUCCUCAAAAUGUCUACAACACGCGCCGCCCAUGAGAUUGCCGACGAGGCCGUCCAGAUCUGGGGUGGUCGUGGCCUGACAAGGACCGGUAUGGGCCGUAUUAUUGAGGGCUUCAACAGGGGCGUCAAGUUCGACGCCAUCCUGGGAGGCGCCGAGGAGGUGCUCGGCGACUUGGGUGUGAGACAGGCUUUGCGGCACAUGCCCAAGGAGAGGCUGUAA